AUGGGGUUUCACAAGAGCACCCACAAGCAUUCUGCUCUGCCCGAUGGACGCCAAAAGUGGAGGUCGAUCACGUUACAGCCUUGGUGUGUUCCUCUUCUUCUAGCCACCGAACUGGCACUCAUCGUUGGUAUCAUCACACUUUUGGUCCUUUCUCAACGGCGCACUGGCUUCGUUGAGGUCGGCUUCGAAGCAAGGUCUGUGAACUUCUCAAGCUUUGAAGGCGCAUUGGACUGGGGCCAAGGUCUCUUGUGGACUACGCUUCCGGUCUUUAUUGUCGGCCUGUACAAGCUAUUCCGCGAUUCGGUCAGGACGGCGCUUGUUUUCGAGACUCCAUACAUCGAACUUGCCGCCGCAGGUAGGGGAAAGGCCGUAGAGGCGGGAAAGUCUGUGUACCUAGAUUAUCGGACGUCUUUUUCAAUUGUGGCUUGGUGGAAGGCGUGGAAGAACAAACACUACUUCCUCAGCCUCUGUCUUAUUCUCUCGUUCGUCGAGGCGCUUGCCCUCGUGCCACUCACGGCUCGUCUCUUCGCCGUUCACGAAGAACUUCUUCCUCGGGAGUCGCUUCUCAAUGUCUUGUCCGUGUUCGACACCGCCGCAGCUCUCGCCAACGCCGACUAUGGGGCGCUCAUGGAUGCUGUGGCCGCUUCAUGGAUCAAUGAAUCACCACUGCCGCGUGGCACAGAUGGUGAAUAUGCCUUCUCCCGCAUUACUCCGAUGCAGCCUUAUAGGAACUUCACAAUAUCUGCUCCUAUGAACGCUUCACGGCUUAAUGUUGACUGCGAAAGCGUUCCCACCUCUUCAAAAACCUUUACUCUUGUUGAUGAGAGUGAUAACAUCUUCACACUCGGCUUCUCUGCAACGGACCGUGGCUGUCCUAUUGAAGGAAGCAUCGCGGCGAAUGCAGAUAGCGACGACUUUCUUGAAGCGGGGCUGACCAGCAACUGUUCUGAGGAAACUGGUAGGUCGCGGGUUACUUUCUUUUAUGGGUCAUUGUCCUCGACUGGAGAUCUCUUAACUCCGAUCCUCGUUUCGUGCAUUCCAACGUACUGGUCUGCCACCGGUAAUCUCACAGUCGUAACCACGGAAAACAGUUUCUCAGAUCGUGCCGCCGAAACUCCGAGGUUCCAUCCAGCAGCGCACGAGGUGGAAGACCUAGGCAUAACAGCUCAACAAUUCGAGGAUGGUGUCAUGACUGUCCGGACAUUCAAUCCAGCUACAACUAGUGCGGGUAACACCAACGCACCUCUUCGUCUUGCCGAGUUGAUUGUGCGUUCCAUUAAGGUCCUCGACCAAAAUUUCUCGGCCCAGAACAUUAUUGAUGCCACUCAGCGCAUUUACCCAGCCAUAUAUACAAUGCUAGCGCUAGCAUACUUUUAUCCCGAGCUCGGAACUCCCAUCCAGGUAUCCGGAACAAUCGCAAUCGCACAGAAUCGUCUCCAUGUCGUUCCACCCGUGGCAAUUACCAUGGUAGCCAUUCUUGUCAUUCUCUUCUGCUCGACGACCUAUCUCAUCUUUUACCUGCAGAGCCAUCCGAGCAUUCUUGCCGAAGAACCAAUCGGACUGUUCGGGGCGGCGAAUUUAUUGAGCGGCAGCAAUAUACCUGAUGUGAUUGAAAGGUAUCAUCGGCAGGGUAUUUUCGACGGACGGCAAGACCAAAGCAUUCCAGAGGGACGGGCGAAGAAUGUUGAUGACGAGGUGAAAAAAGCUAAAUGUUGGAUUGAGCCUGGACGUAGACAGUAUAGUUUGAUUGUCAAAAUGGCUGCGCCAAGUAGUCUUCAGGAUGUGGCAGGUGGUAUGAUCCGGGAAGACAGCCAGCGUCUCAUCAAUGAGGAGGCGCCCUACAAAAUUCCUGAACUAGCCACAUCGGUGGCAGGUGAUGACCGACAAUUUGCAAACCAUCAAGCCCAAGACCAGGAGAUGACUUAUGUGACAACACCGUCACCUGGAGUUGCGGGACAGUUCUAUGACCAGUACCCCAGUCAAAGCGUGGGAUACUUCAAUCGUACAACCAUCCAGAGGAAGCCUGUGAAUCGGCAGCCGUUGUAA